CUGUAAUAGUUGUAAAGAUCUUCUAGAAGUGUUAAAAGGAGAGGAAAGAAAGUCUCAACGUUGCAAAAUUUUUCAGGCUUCGUUCCCUCCGCGGUGGAUCUGGGCAUAAAGCACAAACACACGGUAGUCGCCGCUUAUACUGCAUCGAGACCGGUGGUGGAAAAAAAAUGCUGUUUUGGAGGACAUUAGCUGUGCUUCUUUGAGCGGUUGUGAAGUUGUUAUACGAAAAUCCAUCGAGACUCAUUGCUUCUCUGUUGCAUGAUGUCAAAUUGGAAAGAUUACUCUGCUAACCUGGAGAGAGAUCUUCUCUUUACGUCUCGUAAGACCAGAGAUGAGAAGUUGAAGUCUCUGGAGGCAUACUUGUCCUCCAGCGCCACUGAUGAGUCUAUCAAUGGUGUUCAAGCGUUGCUGCUGAGACAUUAUACACACUGGACCGACCCAAACGGCCUGACCUUGACAACCGCGCUGCUUAUCAAGUCCGUAGAGCUGAAACCAGAAUCUCUGCCAUUGGUUGUUAAGGCCAUUGUGAAAUUCACUUCGAAGUACAGAUCCAUUGCAUUCGAAGAUCUCCAUCUGCUAACAACAUACAUCACUGCUAUUGUUGUUAAGUUCUCCCGUGAAGCUUCUUUCGACAAGGUGUUGAACGACGUUGUGACCGCUCUAUUGCAGAUCUUCGACUCUCUGUACCAUCAGCAAACCGAUGCUGAUGACAAGCACAAACAAAGGGUACGGAAAUCAAUUACAAACAUUGCAAGAUCUUCUAUUUCUGCAUUGAGUGACGAGCAAAUUUCAUCAAUUGUCGCCGUACUUGCUGAAUACAAAGGGCCUCUUGAGCCUGUCAUUGCACUCUUUGGCGUUUUGGCGUCAAGAGACCUUUCUGCAAAUGACCAGACUGCAAUCAUUGGUCUAUUUGUAAAGGAUGUACUCGGUUCUAAAGUUCCAGUGGCAAAUUUACCCUCAAUGGCUCCUUUUUUUGAAAAGUUUGUCUCUGGUGAAGUCCUGAAAUCAUCCAUUGUUCCAUCUUUGGAGAAGGCUAUCAUCAGGUCCUCUGAGGUGUCGUGGUCCUUAUCAUUGGAGCUAUUUAGAUCACUAUCGUCAACAGUCGAUCUUCCAGAGAUCUUAGUGGGCUCAAAGCUGUUAACUCAGAUCAUUUCAGCACUAAAGGGGUCCAAGGAGAAUGUUCGUUCGCUCGCGUUGAACAAUUUUGUCGUAAUCGUUCGUUACAAGUCUUCUGAUGAAACAUUGGCAAAACUUUCUGAUGAGCUGACUAAAUCCCUCAAAGCUAUCUCUUCUGCUGAUAUCAAGACUCUCUUCUAUAAAGUUAUAUCCCUUGUUCCAUGUUCGGAGUUGACAUCGGCCAAGAUCAUCUCUGCAUUGACUCCUCUGGUUUCUAAGGAUCAAAACGAAUCAUCGCUUGAUGCGGGUCUGAAUGCUUUCUUUGCACAUUUCGUUGGUCUUUUGGUGCACAAUGUGGAUGUUAGUGAAGAAUCGAAAACUGCGGUGUUGAAUGGUCUAAAGGACACCAAAUUGCAGCUCAGAAAAUCCUGGUACUCUAACCUAGGCUCUCGCCUUGAAACCUCUGAGGUUACUGAGCCACUUAGAGCACUCAUCAUUAAUGUUUUCCCAACAAUGUCCGCAGCAUCUACAGAGAUCUUGAACAACCCAACAACUCAUAUCAAAGCUAUUGUGGUACCAUAUGUGACACUCGUGGUGUCCAAGAUCUUCAAGACUGACGUUGACUCAAAGGAUCUUGUUACUAAAGUUUUCGUGGAUGAUGAGAAAAAGCCCUCCAUCUUGCUAAACUCUCGUGUUUACAGUAAAUUCACUACUGAUAAUGAGAAAGAAUGGUUCAUCAAAGCACUAGGCUCUGUUGCUGAGGAUAUUACUGAUACCAACGCUGAUUUUGGAGUUGCCUUUUCUGCCUUCGCCAUUGCAAAAUCUUCUUCUUCUACUGUGAGAAAGUUGAACAUGAAUGUUUUGCAAGAUGCAUAUAUCAAAAAUCAAAAGUUCGUUGGUGACUCUUUGAUUGUUGGUGUGUCGAAGCUUCUUGCAGGUUCAGCAGAUGAAAAUAUUCUUGAGCCGAUUUAUGGUCGCUUGACAACAGUUCUUUCUGUCUUGUCCAGCCGUGAUAAAUCUUUGAACGAAGAAGUUCUGCUCUCUCAGCUGAGCGAUGCUAUUGUUCCAGCUCACCACCAAAGCCUUAGCAAAUCGUCUUGGGUUUCCCUUGUUUUGGCUGCUGAUGUUGAUCCGGGAUAUAUUGCAAAGGCUUUUCAUGUCCAAUUGUUUGAAAACAUAUCGGAUCUUCUUCUGAAUGCUACAAAGGCUACUCACGAUUCUGGAAUGUUCAAUGCUGCUGCAGAAUCUAUUGCUACGCUCGCAUUUGUAGAUCCAAAUGCAGUUGGCCUCUUAGUGCAGAAGCUGAUUGAGAAUGAUCUUUCUACUGAUCUUUUGAAAGAUUUGACUUCCCAGGAUGUCGAAAUCUUCAGAGCUUCAGAGGGAGAGCUUGUUGUUAAUGUUCUUGAAGGUAGGAAGAAAACCGUCGAGGACAAGAACUCCAAAGAUUAUGCCACUCGCAAGUGGGAAGAAAGCGUUAGAAAGGAUAUAGCAAAAAAGAGCACUGCCACUAAGAAGUAUACUAAGGAAGAGCAAGCCUUGGUCAAUGCUCAAUUAGAAAAAGAGUCCGAAAUCAGACGCCAUGUGAACAAGAUCUACAAUCAAUUAGACCGCUCAUGUUCAAUCAUUGAUGCACUCUCGAAGACUGGUGAUUUUAUCGACAAUGGUAAAAAACACUGGGUUGCUGCUGCCGUUAAUGGCUUGCUUGGAGUUUUAGCCUACUCUGUCUCUGAGAAUCUUGUCGGAUCAAUGUUGACUAACUCAUUUCUCGCCCUUUCUAAUGUGAUUUCCUCGAAACUUGGUCAGUUGAAGUAUUUUGUUGGUGUGGCAACCUUGAGAAUCAAUCACAUCGGAUCACUGGAAGAAAGAUUUGAGCAAGAGGAUAUUCUGGACCUCAUCUCAAGACUCCUUUUCAGAAUUAAAUUUUUGUCCGUUCAACAACCUUUCGAUUUCAUCACUUUGACCUACACAUUGCCUUUGUUGUCUAAGGUCCUUGAAGAUGGUAAGGCAGUUGCUAUCAAGAAUGCCCUAAAGCCCGUCUUAAAGAGUGAAUUUGUUGAGGAAGAUAAAGAAGAAGAACAGUUGAUGCUUGUUCUAGAAAUCAUCAGUACACAUGCUGAGCUAUUUAGAGAUCCUGCAAUUCCUCGUGAGCAAGUCGUCAAUGUCCUUCUUUCACUUUUGGCCCUUCCAUCUAAAUCGAAACUUGCUAAAGAUUGUUUGAUGACUCUAUGUCAGCAUAUCUCGAUCAACUUUUCUGGUGAAGAUUUAGCUGUUCUUUUCAAAGGUUUGUUAUCACCAGAGAGUUUUGUCCGUAAUACUAUUCUGGAAGCCUUGGAUCAAGAAUUUGAUCUUUCAGAGCUCAAUUAUGCGGAUCAAAUUUGGAUCGCAUGCCAUGAUAAUGAAGAAGCUAAUGCUGAGAUCGCUUUGACCAUAUGGGAGGAGAACGAAUUCGAAGUCAGUAUCGAAUCAGUGAAGUCAUUAUGCUCUUUCCUUGACAGUGCCGACAGUGGUAUCCGUCUUUCAGUUGCUAGAACGCUCUCUGAUUCGAUUCAAACGGUGUGUUCCAAGGGGGAGGACUUCCUGCCAAUCUUGAAUGACCUUUUGAAUCUUUACUCAGAGAAGGCACGUCCACCAGAGCCUAUCUUGGAUCGUUUUGGCUUAGUGAUUAAAAGCUCUCAAGACCAAAGAGAUCCAUGGGAACCUCGUAGUACCAUUGCAAUCACUCUGAAAUAUUUGGCUCCUCUCUUUGAUAACGAACAAGUUGUUACUAAACUCAUUGAAUUCUUGAUCAAAGAAAAGGCUCUUGGUGACAAGGAAGCAGCAGUGGCAGAAGAGUUCAAGGAAGCAGCAAUUGCUGUAAUUGACUCUCAUGGAGCAGAGAGCGUUGAAGCUUUGGUGCCAGUGUUCGAAGCUGCAUUAGCUCCUUCAAAGGACACUGAUAAAACAGAGGAAACUGUCAGAGAGAACGUUGUGGUUCUUUACGGUUCUCUUGGUAGACACUUGAGUGCAUCUGAUCCUCGUGUCAGUACGAUUGUUGACAGACUGCUCAAGACCCUUGUGGCUCCAUCUGAGAGAGUUCAACGGGCUAUUGCCGAGGUAAUUUCUCCAUUGGUUCCUCUCUUCAAGAAUGAAGUUUCAGCUUAUCUUCAAACACUCUUCGAUGAACUUUUCAAAGCACAGAGCUUGUCCCGUAAACGUGGUCUCGCUUACGGAAUUGCAGGUCUUUGUAAAGGUUACGGUCUUGCUUCCCUCUCCGAAUUUGACAUUAUUCGUAACUUGAGCGAUGCUGCCGAAGAUAAGAAAGACCAAAAGCGUCGUGAAAGUGCAUCCAUUUUGUUUGAGUGUCUUUCAAGAUGUCUUGCCAAGUUCUUUGAGCCAUACGUUAUCGAAACGCUUCCUAUUGUCUUGAAGUCAUUGGGUGAUGCUGUUCCUGAGGUUCGUGAUGCCACUGCAGAGGCAUCUAAGGUCAUUAUGCAAAACACCACAUCUUAUGGUGUUAAAAAGCUGAUCCCGUUGGCAAUUGAAAACCUUGACGAUAUUUCUUGGAGAUCAAAGAAAGGUUCUGUUGAGCUCCUAGGUUCGAUGGCUUACUUAGACCCUGCUCAAUUGUCUGCUUCUCUGUCUACCAUUGUUCCUGAAAUUGUUGGUGUACUAAAUGACUCUCAUAAGGAGGUUAGAAAGGCAGCUGACCAGGCUUUGAAGAGAUUUGGUGAGGUUAUCCGUAAUCCUGAAAUUCAAGCAUUGGUUCCAAUAUUGAUCAAGGCCAUCGGUGACCCAGCAAAACAUACCGAAGAAGCUUUGGAUGCAUUGAUUCAGACCCAAUUUGUACACUACAUCGAUGGACCAUCUUUGGCUUUGAUUAUUCAUGUGAUCCACAGAGGUAUGCAUGAUAGAUCGGCCAAUACUAAGAGGAAAUCCUGUCAGAUUGUCGGUAAUAUGGCAAUCUUAGUUGAUACCAGAGAUCUCAUUCAAUACUUACAUCAACUUGUUGCUGAAUUGGAAACUGCGAUGGUUGAUCCUGUUCCAAAUACCAGGGCUACAGCUGCAAGAGCACUUGGUGCUCUUGUUGAGAAGCUGGGUGAAGAUCAAUUCCCAGAACUUAUCCCACGCUUGCUCGAUACUUUAUAUGAUGAAAGUAAAGCCGGUGACCGUCUUGGUUCUGCACAGGCUCUUGCUGAAGUUAUCUGCGGUAUUGGUCUUCGUAAGCUGGAUGAGUUACUGCCAACUAUUCUCUCUGGUGCUACUUCCUCCCGUGCAUCUGUUCGUGAAGGUUUCUUACCAUUGUUGCUUUUCCUUCCUGUGUGUUUUGGUUCACAGUUUGCUCCUUAUAUUAGCCAAAUUAUCCCUGCCAUUUUGAAUGGUCUUGCUGAUACCGAUGAGUCUAUCCGUGGUACUGCACUGAAGGCAGGUAGACUGAUUGUUAAGAACUACGCUUCCAAGGCUGUUGAUUUGCUUCUGCCAGAACUUGAAGCCGGUUUGCUUGAUGUCAACUACCGUAUUCGUCUCUCUUCUGUUGAACUUACAGGUGACCUGUUGUUCCAAAUCACUGGUAUCAGUGGUAAAAUGGAACUCUCUGAAGACGACAAUGAACAGUCUGGUACUGUCAGUAAGCAGCUUGUUGAUUCGCUUGGUCCUGAACGUCGUGAUAGAGUCUUGUCCUUGUUGUUUAUCUGCCGUUCUGAUACAGCUGUUGUUGAAAUUUUGCCAUCUCUCACCAGUAUUAUCAUUCGCCGUCUUGCUAACCCAGAUGAAGCACAGCGUAGUAUCGCUGCCCAAACUCUUGGUGAGCUGGUGCGUCGUGUUGGUGGUAAUGCAAUGUCACAACUGUUGCCAACAUUACAGGAUUCACUUUCAACAAGCGACUCGGAUGCCAAAGGUGGUAUUUGCGUUGCUAUUCGUGAGCUUAUCGAAUCAUCGUCUGACGACACUUUACAAGAACACGAAGACAUUUUCGUUGACAUUAUCAGAUCGACAUUGGUUGAUUCUUCUCCAUCUGUUCGUGAGGCUGCUGCUGCUGCAUUUGACAACUACCAGGAUCGUGUUGGUAAGUCAGCUGUGGACAAUAUUAUCCCAUUCUUGCUCAAUAUGUUGCAGUCUCCAGACUCCGAGAAUGCUCUUGCUGCACUUCAAGAAAUCAUGACUACUAAAUCAGAUGUCAUUUUCCCAAUUCUUAUCCCAACCUUGUUGGAGUCACCAAUCGACUCUUUCAGAGCUCGUGCUCUCGGAUCAUUUGCCGAAGUUGCUGGUAAGGCUUUGUAUAAGCGUUUGAGUGCAGUUAUCGGUACCUUGAUUUCUGAGUUGAUACGUGAUGACCUUGACUCAGAAACUGAACAGGAAUUGAAGAGCUCAUUUGACAAGGUGGUUCUGUCUGUUUCUGAUGAGGAAGGAUUACACCCACUAUUACAACAGUUGAUGUCGGUUAUCAAGGGUGAUGAUUCUAAAAAACGUGCUGUCGUUUAUGAACGUUUCGGACCAUUCUUUACAGAAACCAAAUUGGAUUACAGCAUAUACACUCAGGACAUUGUGACCCAGUGUAUUUUAUCGCUGGAUGACAAGGAUCCUGAUGUUGUCAAGGCUGAUAUUAUUGCACUGACAGCUGUUGUUAAGCAACAACCAAAAGAUACUCUUGAAAGACUUGUCAAACCUGCUAAGGAAGCUUUGCAAAUUACUGGUGUUUCAGGCACAGAUCUUUAUGGUUUCACCCUUCCAAAGGGUGUGAACUCCAUCUUGCCAGUCUUCCUUCAUGGUUUGAUGUAUGGUACAAGUGGAGAAAGAGAAGCAGGUGCUCUCGCAAUUGCAGAUGUUAUUUCCAAGACCCCUGCAGCACAGCUGAAAUCGUUGGUUACCGUCAUUACUGGUCCAUUAAUCAGAGUUAUUGGAGAGAAGUAUCCAUCUGAUGUUAAGGCUGCUAUCUUGUACGCUCUUGAUAUGAUCUUUGGAAAGAUUCCGCAAUUCUUGCGUCCAUUCAUUCCUCAAUUGCAGAGAACAUUUGUCAAGUCACUUUCGGAUGCCUCCAAUGAGACUCUACGUUUAAGAGCUGCUAAGGCUCUUGGAACACUUAUUGAGUACCAACCAAGAAUUGAUCCUCUGGUUUCUGAACUUGUCCUUGGCUCCAAGAAUGCUGAGACAUCCGGUGUUAAGACUGCCAUGUUGAAGGCGUUACUGGAGGUCAUUGCUAAGGCUGGUGAAAAGAUGAGUGAAAGUUCGAAAACGAGUAUAUUGGAUCUUGUUGAAUCUGAGAUGUUGGAAGCGGAUGAUAAACUAGCUGUUGCAUAUGCUAGAUUAGUCGGUUCAUUAGCCCGUAUUUUGACUCCAGAUGAGGCUGUUCAAAUUUUGAAGACCAAGGUUUUAGAUAACGCUUUGAGUGAUGAUUCUUCAAAGUUCUCGAUCUUGACGUUGAACGCGUUCUUGAAGGAUGCACCAAACCACAUCUUCGAGAGUGGUCUACUCUCUGCUGUCACCGAGGUAUUGACAUCAGCUGCCAAUUCCCCUGUUCCAUACAUCAGUGACAAUGCCGUUGUUGCCAUUGGUAAGAUUUUCCUCUUACACGGUGAAACCUCAUCUCCAGGCCAAAAGCCAACUGUUGAAGUGCCAUUUGAACUGCCAUUCCCACUGGUCUCGGAUUUGGUGAAUGAAUUGGCAUUGACGACUUUGAAGCCUGUGAGUAGCUCUCUCGAUACACGUCGUUUGUCACUUGUAGUGAUAAGAACCGUUGCAAGAACAAAGGGUGCGCUCCUGAAAGCUCAUUGGGAUGUGCUGGGUGCCAGUGUUUUCGCUUGUGUCCGUGAUGUGAUCAUUCCUAUCAAACUUGCUGCAGAGAAGGCAUUCCUUUCGCUGUUUGGAUUGGUUGAAGACGUUGAAAUGUCUGAAUUCCAAAAAUGGUUUGCCGAUGUCAACACUAGGGGUUCCUUAACCACUGUUACUGGUACUGUCAUUCAAGCGAGAUCCAUUGGUGACUAUGCCAAACGUGUUGGUGCCAGAUUAGCUGGUGUUGAACGUGAGAGAAUUGAGGCCGGUGGUGAUGCUGAAACAGUCUUCAGCGACCGGAUUGAAGAUGAGAACGAAAUCUGGGCUGUUGGUGGUGUUGAUUUGAAAAAGUUUUGAUUCGAAAUCAUUUACUCAUCUACCUCUUCAAUUGAACAUUAGUAUAUAAGUAAUACAGAUUUUAACUAGAGUACAGUUUAUAUAUGCGGAAACACAACUAUAGAGAACCAGUUCCUUGAAGAUCCUAGCAACAUUACCAACCAAUAAAA